AUGCUGCCCUCCGGUUUAACCUUAGCGCUCCUCCUCCUGACCUCCUCCAGCGCUCACAGAACUGUAAAGUCCUGCAUCUUUUCCAGGAUCAAGCCUGCAGGGCUGCACGUCAACUGCAGCUCUUCCAACCUCAUGGAGCUGCCCGACCUGCCUUCAGAGAGCACAGAACUCCACGUGCAGAACAACCGGCUCACCUCGGUGCCUCCAGGCUGCUUCGACAAAUUACUGAGCCUGAACAAGGUCGUUCUGUCUCCAAACCCCUUCCACUGUGACUGCAGCAUCCAGUACCUGAGGAGCUGGCUGCUGAAGAACAGGGCUGUCGUUUCAGAGGAGCCUCUCUGUUCCACUCCUGCAUCUCUGGCUCAGAAGGCCAUCUCUGAACUUCCAGACGACUCCUUCUCCUUCUGCUCUUUUCCUCGUGCGCAUCUCAUCAUCGCCUCCAGCUGUGCUCAUGUUGUGUACAACACCACGGCAGGCGUGAUGCUGCUCUGCCUCGUUCUUCUGCUCCUCUGGAGCCUACACCUGGCCAGAAAAUCCAGCAUCACCGUGUGCCUGGAUGAGAGGCACUCGGGAUUUGAGGCCAACUCCCUGCGCUUCCUGAAGCCCAAACACAGGAGGAGGCUGCACACCGGACUGUCGGAGGCCACGGAGGACUCGGAUCCUCAGUCUUGGUCAGAGGACUUGGAACGACCACUUAUCGACAUGGACUUACUGCCACAAGUGCUGGAUGUGUUGCACAAGAAGCACAACAUAAAGAUAAAGGCUAGCUGAGGGACUUAGUGUCUGACACAAACACAGCAG